AUGUGGAAGAAUGGGCUUAUCACUGAUGCUCGAGUGAAAGAGGCAUUUCUCAAAGUUGACCGCGCACACUACGCCCCAGCGAUGCCAUACGAAGACUCCCCCCAACCUAUCGGCUACUCGGCUACUAUAUCCGCACCACAUAUGCAUGCUUCAGCGAUCGAACAUGUCCUUAGCUAUCUCCUCCCAUCGUCCACGUCUCCUUCCCCACGCAUUCUCGACGUCGGUUCCGGCUCGGGCUAUCUAACGCAUAUCAUGGCUGAGCUUGUCGGUGAGAAGGGUCUUGUGGUAGGGCUGGAACAUAUCAGGCAGUUAAAGGAGUUAGGCGAGAAUAACAUGGCAAAAAGUGAGCGGGGAAGUAGAUUCCUAGAGAGUGGGAAGGUGAGGUUUCGGUUUGGCGACGGAAGAAAGGGGUGGGUUGAAGAGCCAAGAGAGGGCGAGCAGCAGGAAGGUAUGGGGUGGGAUGUUAUCCACGUUGGGGCUUCGGCAGUGGAGGUUCAUCCUGAGUUAAUCGAGCAGUUAAAGUCUCCUGGAUGCAUGUUUAUACCAGUUGACGACGAUAAGAUGGGAUACAACCAGCACGUUUGGCGGAUCGAGAAAGACGGCAAUGGGGAAGUUACAAAGAAGAAGUUAUUCGGCGUUCGAUAUGUCCCAUUAACCGAGGCGCCGAGGGAGUAG